AUGGCGCAGCGUUCGCGGCAGCUCCUGGCUGACAUGUACUCGCGUCUAGUGACCGAUCAAACAGCUUUGAAGUCACUUACUUCUUCUACAAAGCCACUGCGUACAUUCGCACACGAGCUUGCGUCGCUUACAUCGAAGCCGGAGGCUGUGCUUGGCGAAGACGUCAAGACGACGGACGAGUGGCUCGACCAGGUCGAAGGCAUGAAUGGCAGUCUCGAAACACUGGACAAAAAGCUCGAGCCGAUUACUUUUCUCAGUGGUAAUGCGCCUACUGCCGCUGACUACUCACUUUUUGCCUCUCUCUAUGACAUCGUUUCUACACUUCCACCAGCAGCUCAGCAUGCCCACCCAUCGCUCGUGCGCUACUUUUCACACAUGUCGCACCUCUCUGCCGGAUCAAAUAUCGAUCCGCCUGUGAAACCUUUCGAGCCAGUAUACGAAGGCUUUCCUAAGAUCGUACGAAAGGCCGAGCCCAAGAAAGAGAAAAAGGCUAAGGAUGAAGCAGCGCCCGCUGAAGGCGCAACCGCCAAGCCCAAGAAGGAAAAGAAGGCCAAAGACAAAUCUAGUAGCGGUAACGGUGGUGCUCCAGCUGCACCUGACUCAGGACCUCUGCCUAGCAUGGUCGACCUCCGUGUGGGAAAGAUCGUCAAAGUUGAGCGUCACCCAGACGCUGACUCACUAUAUCUGGAGCAAGUCGACUUUGGAGAAGCCGAUGGCCCACGUACAAUCUUGUCUGGUCUCGUGAAUUUCGUGCCCAUGGAUGAAAUGCAAAACCGCUGGAUCGUUGGUGUUUGCAAUUUGAAGCCUGUAUCGAUGCGUGGUAUCAAGAGCUUCGGUAUGAUUUUGUGUGCCACCGCUAGGGAAGGCAAGGAGGGCGGUGUCCAGCCCGUCUCGCCACCAGAAGGUAGUCAGCUUGGUGACCGGGUAUUCGUCGAUGGAUACGAGGGCAUGGAGCCUCUGGAGCAAAUGAACCCGAAGAAAAAGGUCUUCGAAACGAUUCAGCCAAGCUACACUUCCACAGACGCCAAGGAAUGUGCUUGGGUCGGCCCUGCACCCAACGGAGCCGCAGAUGAAAAGUCCGUGCGUCUUUUGCGUACGGCGCGUGGUGUGUGCAUGGCUCACUUUGCCGGUGCUUCGCUCAGCUAG